AGAUAAUAUGAUUAUAACGUUAGUCUGACUCAGCAGCUGCAGGAUACACUCCCUCAUCCCAUCGUAUAUAUUUGCUUUUCCUGACUUCCCUCUCACUCUGUCUUCCUUUAACUCUCUCUCUCUCUAAAGAAGAAAACAAAACGCUGAUCGUCAUCAUGAUCGUUUCACCGAAGAACCGCCGGAGCGUGGAGGAGGUUUUUAGGGACUACUGUGGCCGCCAUUCCGCCAUUGUCAAAGCCCUCACCACUGAUAUCGAGAGAUUUUACCUCAUUUGCGAUCCUGAGCAAGACAACCUUUGUCUGUUUGGACAUGCCAACGGAGAUUGGGAGCUCGGUUUUCCUGCUGAAGAUGUUCCAACUGAACUUCCAGAACCUGUAGUGGGCAUCAAUUUUGCCAGGGAUGGCAUGAAAGAAAAGGAUUGGCUACUUUUAGUUGCUGCUCACAGUGAUGCAUGGCUGCUUUCAGUGGCUUUCUACUUUGGAGGAAGAUUUGGUUUUGGCAGUGUUAAAAGGAAACGCCUGUUCGCUAUGAUUAAUGAGUUGCCGACCGUAUCUGAGAUGGUGACCGGAACUUUAAAGGCUAAGGCCAAAUCUUCAGGCUCAACUAGCAACAACACCAAGAAAGACAAGUCCGGUUCCAAAGGGGGAGGAUCUGCAUCGGGGAAAAAAUCAAAGAAAGGGAAGGAGGAGGAGGAGGAGGAUUUGGAUGAGAAUGAGGCGGAUGGUGAGACUGAGACCUUAUGCGGUGUGUGUGGCGAAGCUUAUGAAACUAACCAGUUCUGGAUCUGCUGUGACAAAUGUGACAAGUGGUUCCAUGGAAAAUGUGUGAAUGUCACUGAGGCCAGGGCUGAUCACAUUAAACAGUACAAGUGCCCCUCAUGCAGCAAGAGGGGUCGCCAUAACAACUCAUCUUAGGGAUGAUGUGGGGUUAGUUCUCCACCCUGCAACUCUAUCAAGCAGAACUUUGCAAAGUUGCUUUGAUAUCCUGUGUUGUAAUAAUAUACAUCUUGUCAACUUAUUU